AUGCUAAGUGUCACAGAGGGCAUCUUCAUUUUUAUUACAGUGUGUGAGUUGAUUUUGGGGGUUUUGGGGAAUGGAUUUAUUGGACUUGUAAACUGCAUUGAAUGUAUCAAGAAUAAGAAGUUCUCUAUUAUCGGCCUCAUUCUCACUGGCUUGGCUGUUUCUAGAAUUUGUCUGAUAUGGAUAAUAGUUUCUGAUGGAUUUUUAAGGAUAUUUGCUCAAGAUAUGUAUGUCUCUAGUGACUUACUUGAAUGCAUACAUUACUUAUGGAUAAUUGUCAAUCAAUCAAGUGUCUGGUUUGCCACCAGCCUCAGCACCUUUUAUUUUCUGAAGAUAGCAAAUUUUUCCCACCAUGUUUUUCUCUGGCUAAAGGGUAGACUUAAUAGGAUUCUUCUCCUUCUACUGGGAUUCUUGCUUAUUUCAUGGUUCCUUACCUUUCCACAAAUCGUGAGAAUCUUCAAUGAUCACAAAAUCAAGAAUGGAAACAGAACCUGCCAGCUCAACAAGCAUAAAGGCAAAUUCUUUAUUGAUCAGGUUUCGCUCAACCUGGGAAUCAUUUUUCUCUUUACUCUAUUCUUGAUUACCUGUUUCUUGUUAGUCGCUUCCCUUUGGAGACACAACAGGAAGAUGCAACUGCAUGUCACAGGAUUCACAGACCCCAACACAGAAGUUCAUAUGAAAGCAAUGAAAGUUUUGAUGUCUUUUGCUGUUCUCUUUAUCUUGUAUUUUAUAGGCAUUGCCAUAGAAAUUUCAUAUUUUGUUUUGCCAGAGAAUAAACUGCUAUUUAUAAUUGGCAUGACAACCACAGUCAUCUAUCCCUGGGGUCACUCAUUUAUCUUCAUUCUAGGAAACAGCAAGCUAAAGCAGGUUUUUUUGAGGUUACUGCAGUGAUUAAAAUGCUGCAAGAAAGGGAAACAAUCUCAGCACUCCAUGGUCAGGCUUGUAGGGAAAUAG